UCCCUGCUCAGGUGCCAUAUCUCUUUCCGGGUCGCUAUUUACCUGUUACAUGCCUCAGUUCAGAGUAUUUUCUUCGUCUUUCAGUUAUGCAAAUGCUGAAGUUGAUGACCGAUGAUGCCGUAUAGUAACAAAAAAGUUUCUUCAUUUUCGUUCUCUUGAAAUGAAGCUAACAUUAGGCAUUGCAUAUUGUCCUCAUAGCUUCCCCAAACUCCUCAAUUGUUUUUCUUUUGGCUCUCUGGGUAGACCCUUUUGCUCUUCAGCACCGUCAUCUUCCCCGACUUGUGUGAAACCUCAAGUUCCCCUCUAUUUGAGACCACCCAUUUACUCAACCAAGUUGUGUGACCUCAAGAAAUGGCACGAUUGGGCCAAAGGUCUUUCCUUUUCAAUUGGGUCGACUUUUGUGCAGUCAGAUAAUGGACCGGACUCAAGCAUGCUCUGCAGGGAGCUCAAGUGGUUCAUGGAGGAUGCUGUUGAAGACCGCUCACUAGCUACGGAGGAUGAUGAAGAGGUGACAAUGAGGGUUGAUAUAGAGGAGCUUUACAGUUUGUGGAAGCAAAGGGUCCAAGAGAGGAGACCCUUUCAGUAUGUGGUUGGGUGUGAGCAUUGGAGGGACUUGAUAUUGAGUGUCCAAGAAGGAGUAUUGAUUCCAAGACCUGAGACACAACUUGUUGUUGAUAUUGUGUCAGAUGUGGUGUCAGAGAAUGAGGAUUUGAGGAGUGGGGUUUGGGCUGAUUUGGGCACUGGAAGUGGUGCCCUUGCUAUUAGUAUUGGUCGGGUUUUGGGGAAUGAAGGAGGGAGAGUUAUUGCCACAGAUUUAAGCCCUGUGGCUGUUGCCGUUGCAACUUAUAAUGUGCAGAGGUAUUGCUUACAGGACAAAAUUGACUUAAGGGAAGGAUCCUGGUUUGAACCAUUGAAAGAUAUGGAAGGAAAGCUAGCUGGUCUAGUGAGUAACCCACCUUAUAUACCAAGUGAAGACAUAUCUGGUCUACAAGCUGAAGUUGGUAGACAUGAACCGAGAUUAGCGUUAGAUGGAGGUAUUGAAGGAAUGAAUGCACUUCUGCAUCUUUGUGAUGGGGCUGCUUUAAUGUUGAAACCUGGUGGAUUUUUUGCUUUUGAGACAAAUGGCGAGAAGCAGUGCCGGGCUCUUGUUGAUUACAUGAAAAGCAGAAGUGGAAGCUUCUACAAUUUAGAAAUACUUGCUGAUUUUGCUGGUAUUCAAAGAUUUGUUAUUGGAUUUCACCAAUAAGCAAUUUUUGAGUUAGAUGCAUGAUUAUUUAAUUAUGUUUUUGGUUGAAUAGUUCUCCCUUUGUUCUAGUUUCUUUUAAGUCUUCUCAGCUAUUUGUUGAGCUAUUUGUUGAACACAUUGUUUCUGGCAAAAGUUUAAUUUGUAUGCACCAAACAAAAACCAACAAAUUUAUCCUGUGAUAUUUGUGAUUUUGAUGCACUGAACAUUUUAUAGGUUAUAGGGUAGGUGUCUGAAAGUUGUAGAUGUUGUUUAGUGAAAUCAUCUAAGAGAUGUUUUUAAUUGUUAGUUUAGUUAUUUAGGUUUCCGUUUUGUACACCUAAGUAAAUUGUAACUGUUGUGUAGUUCUUCACAAGGUUGAAUGUUGUUUAUAUACUAAAUAUAUGAAGUGUAUUGAAACUGAUACAAAUUAUAAUAUAUUGUUCUUCCCUUUUGUA